AUGAGUGAGGUAUGGCAAGUUUUUAGCAAAGACGAUACAGGACUUAAAGUAAUAUGCUUAAUAUGCAAAAAGAAAUAUGCAAAUCCAGGAUCAAGCACAACUAACAUGUGGAAUCAUUUAAAAUUAAAACACAAGACAAAAUAUAUUGAACUUGAUCGAAUUCGAAUGGAAUUAUUGGGAAGUGCGUUUGAUCAAGACGUUUCCAAUGUUUCCAUUGACGAAGAUGGGUCUGAAAUUGAGGAAACAAAUUCGUUACUCUCACAACCUUCUACUUCAAAUUAUUUACCAGAACUAGGUCAAUCAGAUUCAAGUAUUUCUCUGCCUCAUACUGCUACUGAGACUGACACCUCCUCAAUUGCCACGAUUCACAAGACAACUUCAACUAGUACUAGGCAAAUGAAAAUGACACAAUUUACUCUGAAUAAAAGUGCAAAAAUAAAAAUUGAUAAUGCCCUUGCCUAUUUCAUUGCAACAAAUAUGAUGCCAUACAGUUUAGUGGAAAAGGAGGGAUUCAAACUAUUUGUAAAUGCGUUAAAUCCUAGCUUCAAACUACCAGGCCGAAAAACUCUAAAGGAAUCGCGAAUUCCGUCUAUGUACAGUGAAACACGUAACAUUAUAGGAAAUAUAAUUAAGAAUGCCAAUUUUUUUACUUUCACUACAGACUGCUGGACUUUAAGUUCAAACCAACCGUUUAUUAGUCUCACGUGCCAUUUCAUCAAUGCUAAUUUUAAAUUAAAUUCAGCCUGUUUAGGUUGCAUUGAACUUUCAGAAGACCAUACUGGUGAGAAUAUAGCUGAUGUAGUUCAAAUGUUGUUUUUAGAUUAUGAGGUACCAGAUUGGAAAAUAUGUUCAGUAGUGACUGAUUAUGGAUCUAAUAUGCUAAAGGCUAUACGCAAUUUAAAUAUACCACAUGUUGCUUGUUUUGGUCAUGCUCUUAACACAGCAGUUUCACGUAUUUUUAAUAUGGACGAGAUAAAAGAUGUAAUCCAUAAAAUCAAAUCAAUUCACAAUAUAUUUGCUCAUAGUUGGAAGGCUGUUCGAGAAAUAAGAAUAGUCCAAGAGAAAUUUAGCUUACCAAAAAAAAAAUUUCCAUCUUACUCAAAAACGCGUUGGUGGUCGAUGUUGGAAUUAAUUAAGGUUAUUAUUGAGCAAGAACUUGGACUCACAAGGUUUUUACGGACGUAUCAAAAUGGUGUAUAUAGAAAUUUAUCUCUCCAAGAAUCAGAUAUAAUCAUGUUAAAAAACCUAAGUUGUAUUAUACAGCCAAUCCGGGAAAUAACUGAUAAUUUAGCUGACGAUUCAUAUGUCACAGGUUCUGCUAUACUACCAGUUAAAAUCAAAGCUAAAAUCAAAAUUAUCUAA